AAUGCUUCCGUCGCCUGAGGAAGGGUCAGAGAAAGAGGGGGGCGCAUUGACGGUGAAAGAGGAGUGUGUGUUCUUGACUAAUUUGCUUUGCUAUAAUGAACAAUACAAACCAGUGGCCUGUCCGCGCUAGCUAGCUGCUGUAUUAAAAUUUUCAAUUACCCCCCUGCCCAUGUUUCUUGACCACCUUCAAUCUCCCCUGCCCAGCACCAGAGCCCAAGGUUCCCAUUUCACAGAGAGAGAGAGAGAGAGCUGUAAAUGGCGAGUAGUAGUAGUGAAGGUGGAGAAACAGGUUCAUUGGUAGAAACACCAACAUGGGCAGUGGCAACUGUGUGCUUCGUCUUGAUUUCUAUCUCCAUUCUUAUGGAGUAUCUCCUCCAUCUCCUUGCCAAGUACUUCCACGAGAAGAAGAGGAAGGCCCUCCUUGAGGCUCUGGACAAGGUUAAAUCAGAGUUGAUGCUCAUGGGAUUUAUCUCGCUGCUGCUGACUGUGAGCGAAAAGCCCAUCGCAAAUAUCUGCAUCCCAAAGAGCGUGGGAGAGACUUUUCUUCCCUGCAGCACCAUGGGCUCCACUGACUUUGAGGAAGAAUCUAAAUGCGAACAGCAGGGGAAGGUGUCAUUGUUGUCGAGGGAAGGUGUGACGCAACUCCAGUACUUAAUCUUUGUGCUGGCCUUCUUCCACGUUCUGUCCUGCGUUCUCACGUUUAGUCUUGGGAUGGCCAAGAUGAAGAGGUGGCAGACUUGGGAGGCAGAAACGCGAACAUUAGAAUAUCAAUUUUCCAACGAUCCACGAAGGUUCAAGCUCAUCCAUGAAACAUCAUUUGGGAAGCGACAUCUAGGAUGUUGGAGUGACCACAGAUUACUUCGUUGGCCUGCAUGUUUUCUUCGACAAUUCUAUCAUUCUGUAUCCAAAGUGGACUAUUUCAUUCUUCGACACGGGUUCAUCAUGGCGCAUUUUGCAGAAGGAAGCAACUAUAACUUCCAAAAGUACAUAAAAAGAGCACUAGAGAGAGACUUUCAUGUGGUGGUGGGAAUAAGUUGGUGGGUUUGGAUCUUCUUCAUACUUUUCAUAUUUUUCAAUGCACAUGUAUUUUACAGCUACCUAUGGCUUCCCUUUAUUCCAUUAGUGAUGCUACUGGUGGUGGGAACAAAGCUGCAGGAUAUCAUAACCAAGAUGUGCAUGGACAGCCAUGACAAAGCUCUUGUGGUUAGGGGAACUUUGCUUGUGAGGCCUGGUGACCAUUUCUUCUGGUUUGGCCGCCCAGCGCUGCUUCUCCACCUUAUGCACUUCAUUUUGUUUCAGAACUCGUUUCAAAUGGCAUUCUUUGCGUGGACUUGGUACAAAUUUGGGUUUAGAUCAUGCUUCCACCAAGAAACUGAGGACAUUGUUAUAAGGAUUGUCUUGGGUCUGCUGGUUCAAAUUCUCUGUGGCUAUGUUACACUGCCUCUGCAUGCUUUGGUGACACAGAUGGGAACUUCAAUGAGGAAAGAUGUAUUCACCGAGGGAGUUGUAAUGGGUCUACAGAAAUGGCGAGCCAAUGCCAAGAAGAACUUAUUUCAUCACAGAAUCACCGAGUCUGCACGUCCAUCUCUGGAUGCUUCGGUCGAAACUUCACCUUCCUUCUCCGACAAUCUCGAUCACACGCCAUCACCGAAAGCUGAGUUUCUGUCCAUUGAAGUAGUUGAUGAUGAAAGGGGCAGAGAAGGAAAAUCCAAGGAGCUCCGAAAGCUCGGAUCUUUUGAGGGUUUUGACAUGUCCAAAAUGUCGUAAUUAGUUUUACAAGAAUAUGCAUGGUUGAAAGAGGAUUCGAGUAGGGGGGGAGGGGGGAAUACUGUCACCAUUGUUUGGUAGUCAAACUUUCAUGUUUUAGGAAAGUUUGUGUAGUUAUUUUAGUUAUUCAUUAAUUAAUUUAAUCCAAAUAAUAUUGACAAUUAA